AUGGAGAUGGCAGUGGCGGCAGUGGCGCCCAGGGCCCUUGGACAAGCCUCCAUCCUGGACAUCGUUGGAGGACAGAGCAUGUCGGAUGGAGGCACCUCCAAGGAGCCCCGGCUGGCAGCCUUCUCUGCGCUGCUGCCGCCACAGGAAGGACGGAGUGAGCUUCUGGAAGUACAACAUUUCCGCACCAUCUACAACAUUUUUGCAGCCAUUCUCUGUAUCUUUGUUCUCAGGACAGUCAUUGUGGAUUCCCUUGAUAGAGGACGUUUUGUCCUAGAUUUUGAGCUGUUCAUCUUUGUUUUUGGACAGCUGCACAUGGCACUCUUGGCUUGGCUCAUCAUGUUCCUCUAUACCUUAUUAGUGCCCUACAAGGUCCUGCAAAUCUGGGCCAGCUCCUUGAAGACUUUCCAGUUCCCCACUUUCCUCACAGUUACUGCAGCGAUGGUAUUGCUUGCCUGCCAUGCCACUGUUUUGGGCUUCUAUCCCAUCUACACUGUCAUCUCCCAGCCUUUUGGGCCUGCAUCCCGUCUCAUCAUCAUCUGUGAGCAGAUCCGUUUCCUGAUGAAAAGCCAUUCCUUCCUGCGGGAAACUGUGCCUCCCAUCCUUCAGGCCAGGUCAAAUGGUGGAAAGAUGCAGCCACCACAAUUUUCUACUUACCUGUAUUUUCUCUUCUGCCCUACUUUGAUUUACAGAGAGAGCUACCCAAGGACACCUUGUGUUCGCUGGAGGUACGUCAUUGAGAAUUUCGCUAAGUUCUUUGUGUGCCUGUAUUAUGGAUCCUACGUCCACAAGGUCAUCUCUGUUCCUGCCUUCAUCAACAUACACAAGCAGCCCUUCACCCUCAGAACCCUGGUGCUCUGUGUCUUCAGUGGAACACUGCCAGGUAUGUGCACAGAGCAGUGA